AUGAAGAAAGUGCAGACCAAGACGUUUGUCAAGAAGCUGGCCUCGACGGAUCGCAAGACCAGAGACCAUGCUUUGGAGACUCUGAAGAAAUAUCUUGGGGCUAGAGCAGAUGUCCGACCCCUCACGCUGCCUGAAUUUGAGAAAUUAUGGAAAGGAUUAUACUAUACGAUGUGGUUCAGCGAUAGACCACGGCCGCAGCAGAGACUGGCAGAUGACCUUGCCAAGCUCUUCUCCCAAUGUAUCUCCAAGGAGCAGUUCUGUUUGUUUGUUCAGGCGUUUUGGGCAGUUGUUUGCAAAGAGUGGCCUACUUUAGACCAAUGGAGAGUGGACAAGUUCUACUUGUUGAUGAGAUAUGUGGUGCGUGAGUGCUUCGUGAGGCUACAAAAGGAAGAGUGGGACCUGGAAUUGCUUGAAAAUUACAUCAAGUCGCUUGAAGCCGACGUUCUGAGUGGCAGACCAGCAGUUCCUCCCGGAGUCACAUACCAUGUGGUGGAUGUUUAUUUGGACGAGCUGGAGCACGUGGUUGUUGGCGACGAGGAGGAUGUUGAGGCAGAAAAGGCCAAAGAGAGAUUUGAUGAUGUUCCUCUUGCAGAACUUUUGCAACCAUUUGAGAAGCUGCAGAAAGACGCUCUGAUGAAGACUCUUCGCAACAAGGUGCGGGAUGAUCUGAUCAGAGACGAGAGAUUAAAGACAUGGGGAUACACAGAGAACAAGAGCGAGGAACAGGAGGAAGACGAAGAAGAGGAGGAGGAAGAAUGGACCGGAUUUGACUAA